AUGGUAUUACGGUGGCUGGAAGUAGGUCACCGAAUUCAACAAUAAGACUUGAUUGUCCAAGUGGAGUUAUAUUAGAUGCUGCGAAAUAUUUAUUCAUUGUGGAUAAUAACAAUCAUCGUAUUGUUGGUUCAAGCUUGGGUGGUUUUCGAUGUUUAGUUGGAUGUUAUGGAGUGGGUUUAAAAUCUAAUCAAUUGUAUUAUCCAUUUAGUUUGAGUUUCGAUUAUUCUGGAAACAUAUUUGUUACUGAUCAAGACAAUUCUCGAAUUCAAAAAUUUUCCUGA